CUCCCCUUGCCUUGAGAGUGCCGCAAACUAAAAUUAAAAGUAAACAAAACCACGUGAAACAGAAAGAAAUUGUAAAAUGAUAAGCAUGGUACAAAGAUGAAAGAAAUUAUAGUAUCUGCACCGGGAAAGAUCAUUUUACAUGGAGAACAUUCAGUUGUUUAUGGCCGGUCUGCCAUAGCCUGUAGCUUGAACAACAGAACAUAUCUAAAAUUGUCACACACAAAAGAUGAGCGUGUAUCACUUGUUUUCCCGGAUAUUGAUCUGACACAGUCAUGGUCUUUGGAAGAAUUAAAUUCAAUUCAAUUACCAAAAAGUUGUGAAAUUUUGAACCCAAAACCACCAACAGAAGAUGUGAUUAAACAGUUGAAAAAAAUAGCAGGAAUUGGAGCAACAGAAAUCAACAAUACAGCCUCCAUAGUAUUCCUUUAUAUAUAUCUGGCUUUGUGUAAGAACAGGAAGCAGGGAAUUGAACUAAAGGUCAAAUCAGAACUGCCAAUCGGAGCUGGCCUUGGUUCAUCUGCUGGAUUUUCUGUCUGUUUGUCCUCUGCAUUUUUAAUAUUUACUGGGAAUGUAUCAGCACCUGGUAGUGAUAAUAUUUGGAAAUCUGAUGACCUUGAACUUAUAAAUAAAUGGGCAUUCAUGGGUGAAACAUUGAAUCAUGGAACACCUUCUGGAAUUGAUAAUUCUAUAGCAACAUAUGGUAGAGCAAUUAAGCUGAAGUCAGGAACAGUCCACAAACUAGACAAAAUUCCAAAUCUGAGAAUCUUAUUGAUCAACACAAAGAUUCCUCGUUGUACAAAAGAUUUAGUUGCGGGAGUCAGAAGGAAAUAUGAAAUGUAUGAAGAUAUUAUAACACCAGUGUUAAACUCUAUGGAAGCCAUAGUGAGCAGAUGUGAAGCUGUUUUUUCAGACAUGACAGGGAACCAUGGUGAUGUCACUUCCUGUUAUAAGAAAUUGCAGGACUUGAUUGACAUGAACCAUGACUUACUGAGGUUUCUAGGUGUGAGUCACCAAUCAUUGGAAAGUGUUUGUAAAACAUGUCACCAGUAUGGACUACAUUGUAAACUGACCGGAGCCGGAGGUGGUGGCUGUGCUUUCUGUUUGAUUACUCCAGAAACAACAGAAGAGAUAUUAGAAACUGUAGAAACAGAGCUUAAAAAGCAGAACUUUGAAUGCUGGGAAACAAGUGUUGGUGGGAAUGGGGUAAUGUGUCAUGAUCCAGCAUGUGGUACAUUCAGUUCUAUACCAGACUUCUUAAAAACAACAUGAUUGUAAAAAAGAGAGAUAGGAUGAUUGGAAAGAUUAGCCUGAUAAUAUUUAUCAAAAUAUCAUAUAUGUUCUCCCAAAUUUAUUGGUAGAUACUGAAAUUUGAUCUUAAAGAUACAGUGUUCACAACACAAGUAGCAAGUCAUGCAUUCUGUGAAAUUUUGGCUAUCUAAACAGCUAAUAUCUAAAUAGAAGGUUUCUUUAGCUGUUAGAAGUGAAUUGAUUUGCAAUAUCCAAUAUAUGAUUAGAGAGGUUUAAAACAACACAGUAUUCAUCAUGUUCAUCUUAUGGGGACUCUCAUGUUUUUAUAUUU